CUCCUCCCCGUCGUCCGCCGCCUGCCUGCCUCCCUCCCUUUGUCUUGCUCCUCACUGUGUUCACUUUUCCCCUCCAAAAAACGCGUGGACACCCACAGGGCGCGGGAAAGGCUUUGAGGGCAGACCCCACGACCACUACAACAAACCCUGGCCACAUUUUUUUUUUUUUUAAUCUUUUCCUCCACAGGAUAUUUGGGUGUGGGUGUGUAUUCCUCCGCUUGAGCCGCUGACAAACCAAAUGUUCCCCUUCUUUUGGACUUCUCACAUGGAGUUUUUUUUUUGUCGAAAGUGCCGCGUGACAUCUCAAAUCGAGGUUUGGAGCCAGCAUGACGAGAAGAUGAGCAACCAGUGGAAGCAGAGCGUGGUUGAGAUGUUUUGAGGCAAGAUGCCUUUAUUUGACGAAUCCGUGGCAUUUGCUGGACUGUCCAAGUCAUCAGACAUGUCUGGGUUCAUUGUAAAGCCCGUGUUCCCGUACGGCGGGGCCCAUUUUUCCUACCACCCCCGAGGAAAGGAUGCGGCAGAGUUUACGACACCUUGGACUAACUCAAGCGCGGCGAGUCCGACACAUCAAGCAUCUGGGGCCAAAACGGGGGGUGACAAUUCAUCUCUACCUGACAGUCCUGUUUAUCUCGCCAUCCCAAAAGCUCUGUAUUUACAUAACCCGUGUUGCCACGAUCUGGCUUGCGUCAUGAGACACCGCUACAACAUGGAGCACGGCCAGACGGCGGCGCUCAAUGCUGAUUUGGAGCACAACCGGAGUCGAGGAGAGCCUUACCACAGCCCGAGAUCGGGCAUCCAUCAAAAGGCGCAAGACAACCCGCGAGAUUUACAGUCGGAUUCCUGCGAAGAACAAAUCAAGAGGAUGACUGCGGAAAGUUUGACCGGAGGAAGGUCGAGUCGAACGGAGCCCAACUACAGCGGCUACCCCUGCAUGCCCCCUCUCGCCAUGCUGGCUUCUUUGAGUGAGCAAAGGCGACAUUUACAGCCUCCCCCCAGAGGCUUUGCAGCCUUUCCCCCCACCCAUGCAACAUAUGAGCAUAUGACCUCAGAGCUUUAUCAAGAAUGUUCUCCCAUGUCCAAAUAUGGUCAUCCAACAAAGCAGCCAAUGUUUUACUACCCGCAGGCCAAUGUGGAGGUCAAACACAGAACACAUAGUCGGGAUAUUGGUGGCGAGCAAAGAGAAGACGUUCCCGUUAUUCGAACGAGCGCUAUCCCGAGCCCUCGGGAGUAUUAUACAUUCCCUCCAACGCUUCAAGGCGACAUUCCUUUGUUUUUUCACGGCACUGAAACGCAACCAAAUCACUCCUUUGUGCACGGCUUGGGCUAUCGAUGUUACGCGCAUCCUGGUUUUCAAAUUAGAAACGUCGAGCAGCAGCACGUGCCAACUGGGCUGCCUUCGCAUCGACUUAUCCUUCCUGGAUCAGACCAACGUCCGUCCGCCGCCGCCGCAGUUGGCCUUCAGAAGAGCGAGCAGCACGUGGGACCGUCGGAGCCUUCCCAUGUUUUGCUGCGGAUGGAGCCCUUCAGUCCGACCAGACCUGUUUUACCCCCCCACUUUGAAAUCAACAGCCUGUAUCCUUCCAUCACCAGUCGACUGGAUCGCCAGAUGGAGCGACCGGUCAUUUCACCUUCCGGCAUGACCCAAGACAGACCGCUGGACUUUUCUUCUUAUGUAAGUCAGAUUAAACCGGAACACCGUAAAGACUUCCCAGUUUCCCCGAGGACGCGGCUUCCCCAAUCUCCCAAACAAACGUCAGAUUGCAGGUCCAAGCUUGAAAGGCUCAUCACCACGGAUAAAGUGAACGGAAUUGCGUGCGGCUAUGCCGACUCUGUUCUCAAAGAGGGCCUGAAAAGACGUUUCCCUUCCCUUUUAAAAAUAAAACUAGAGGAACCGGAUUCGUACGAAAUUGAUUUGACUACAAAGCGACGAAAGUCGGACACCAAACGAAAGCGAGAGGACUACUGCCCUCAAAUGCCGGUUAUCGGAAGCGUGUUCAGCCUAGCACAAGAAUAUCUAAAUGCUCCUGAAGCGUUCCGUUCACAAGUCGAGCCUCAAAGAGGGGCGCAGUUGACCGACCACUGUCAAAUCAUACCCACAACAGCCCUUAAAGGAAUCAAACCCGAUCCAAACGGAGCACCCCAUUGUAUGUGUCCAGAGAAGUGUGAAGUCCAAAUGAUGGAACCCACAAAAAUCAAAGUUGCAAAGAUAAACCAAUCCGACCCGUGUGAAAAAUCUCCAAGUCCGGCUGCUUCCAGCGCGAUACGGGAUCAAAUCAAACCGCAACCUGAAGAUGCUACUUUGUCGGACACCAAGUCCAUGCUGGCCACUCAAAUAUGUGAACCUGAGAAACUUGAACGUCAACUUUUAUCAGCGGAGGUCAGCGAUGCUUCACAGAGCCCCAAAGUGCCCAGGUCUCUGGAGAACGACAAGACACCACAGGAGCAGGUAGCCGAAACUGAGCUGAAACCGCUAAAAGCAGCUAAUUUUAAUAUCACCUCCAUUCCACUGGAGCACCUCAAGCUUUGCCCCAGCUACGAUAUCCGUCUCCACCGUCCAGCUGCACAACAGGAACCGCCUGCGCAAAUUCAGGCUGAAACAUCACCCGUACGACAGGCGGCGGUUCGGAAGCGUUUCGUAGAGCUUCACCGCACCCUCUGCAAACGAGUAUCCAAACGUGUAUCUGCCACCUCGGAGCAGCAGCUCACAACCUGGCGCUCUCAGUUGGAACUGGCAGAACCCUCAUCCAACAAAGUCCAGAAUGUCUCCUCCUUGCUGGGGAUUCAAGCCAGGGACAAGUGGCUCAACGAGGAGAUCAACUCUGCCCUCGAUGAGGUUCUGGACAGGUUCAGGGAAUACAUCAUCCACGAGCGCUGUCCUUUUCCGCACGUCAUGAGAACGGGGGCGGUGUUCCUCCCUAUGCUGGUGGUGAAAGAAAUCCUUUUUCCCGAGGUGCCCGUCACCUUCAUCGACCAAGUCCUGCAAGAGCACAAAGUGCAACUGCGACCGACCACGCUCUCCGAGGAGAAGAUCCUCACCCAGCUCCACAAACCCUGCUCGUCACGCCUCAGGAGGCUGAUGUCGCUCAAACAUCUGCCCGACGUCUACGCCGACGUGCUCAACCUACUCUACUACUCCAACGUCUGCAAGCACCUGGACUCAACGUCGUCUGAUGUCCAAAAGACUAGCCAGGUGGGCAAAGAGCAACAGAGAGAGGGAUGAGCUUUGCACAACGUCUUGGAGUAGACGUGAAGACUUGGGAAGGCUCGAACAUCAGUGGCAGCUGUUCAACAGCAGAGGACACCAAAGCCAAAUCCCACAAGAGGAGCGCGACCAAGACCAAAAGCAGGGUGAAGAGCAGCUCCAGGCGCCUGUUUCUGGACGACAG